GGGGCUUCGGUUCCGGGGCGGGGUGUCCGCUCUGUGUGUCCCCAGCCCGGCUUCGCUCUGUGGCGCCGUCUCAGCGGGAGCAGGGGGGCUAGCUGCAGUACCGGGGAGGGACCGGACUCCGGGCAUCAUGAGCGACUAACACGGCUGCUACUCUGAAAUCUGCAGGAGAGGAGCAGCUUCCAUGGAAUGAAUUGUGGAUCAAAGAACAAUGACACCAAAAGACAAUUUCUUCUAGAGCGGCUACUGGAUGCAGUUAAACAGUGUCAAAUCCGAUUUGGAGGAAGAAAAGAAAUUGCUUCAGAUUCUGAUAGCAGAGUUACUUGCCUGUGUGCUCAGUUUGAAGCUGUACUACAGCACGGUUUGAAGAGGAGCCGAGGAUUAGCAUUAACAGCAGCAGCAAUCAAACAGGCGGCAGGUUUCUCCAGCAAAACAGAAACAGAGCCAGUGUUUUGGUACUACGUAAGAGAAGUUUUGAAUAAACAUGAACUACAGCGCUUCUACUCUCUGAGGACUAUUACCACAGAUAUUGGCAGAGGCCGUGCCUGGCUACGCUGUGCAUUAAAUGAACAUUCUCUGGAAAGAUAUGUCCAUAUGCUGCUUGCAGAUAAAAAUCGACUUAGUGUCUUCUAUGAAGACUGGUCUUUUAUGAUGGAUGAAGAACGUUCUAGUAUGAUCCCUACGAUGGCAGCUGGUCUGAACUCCAUUCUUUUUGCAAUCAACAUCGACAACAAGGACUUAAAUGGGCAGAGUAAAUGCACUCCUACCGUCUCUGAUCUUUUAAAAGAAUCCACGCAAAAUGUAACCUCAUUGUUGAAGGAAUCCACACAAGGUGUUAGCAGCCUUCUAAGAGAGAUAACAGCAUCCUCUGCUGUUUCCAUUUUAAUAAAACCCGAUCAAGACUCUGACCCACUUCCAGUUCUAUCAAAGAAUGUUAGUGUUGAUUUAAAAUGUAGAAAAGAUCGAAAGAAGAAGAAAAGGGUAACACACAUCAUCUCAUUUGAUGAGGAGGAAGAUGAACAAAAUUUAGGAGAUACUUUAAAGACAGCAGUUGCAGGAGAAAGCUCAGAAGAGAACUCAGACAAGUCUUCAGCUUUUGUGUUACCUUUCUCUGAAGGCUCUCUUGUACAAAAUUUAAACGGAAACCAGAAUACCCAUUUGUGGAAAAGCGAUUCCAUGUUUCUGAAUGGAGAAUGUAGUUACCAGAAGCUUGAUGUGAAGAGUAUUGAUGAUGAAGAUGUAGAUGAGAAUGAGGAAGAGAUAUAUGGAAAGAUAUUGGGAAACAAAGGCGUGGAAGAUGAAACAAAAGAUUCAGAAAAGCCACAUGAAGGGGGCACAUGCAAUUCACAGAUAUGCACUUGGACUCCCCUGCAGAUCCUGAAUGAUAAUUCAGACAUUCUGUUUCCUGUCAGUGCUGUUGGUUCUUACUCCCAGAUUGGUAACCUGGAGAAUGGAGAUGGGCAUGAAAGUGCUGUUCUUGCAGUAGAACUGGCUCAGAGAGGAUCUGAACUUCCUUAUAGAGUGGAUGCCAGUACUCCUGUUCAGGUGAAUGCUUUAAGCAAUAUGUUACCUUCAGCCACUGUGCCAGAAUCAAUGACAAUUAAUGAACUUCGGCAAGCUAUUGUGGCCAUGAUGAACAGAAAGGAUGAGCUCGAAGAACAGAACAGAUCUCUGCGAAACCUGCUUGAUGGAGAGAUGGAACAUUCUGCACUACUCAGGCAAGAAAUUGAAAACUUGAGAAGGAAAGUAGCAGAGCAUGAGGAGCGACAUGCAGCAAAGAUCCAAGCCUUGGCAAGGGAGAAUGAAGUGCUGAAAGUACAACUCAAGAAGUAUGUAGGAGCUGUCCAGAUGCUGAAAAGAGAAGGUCAAACAGCAGAAGUUCUGCCAAACCUUUGGAAUAUUGAUGGGGAAUUUACCAUACCUGAACAAAAGCAAAUAGAAAACCAUGAGGAACUAGCAAACUCCUAUGAAAGAAAACUAAUUGAGGUGGCAGAAAUGCAUGGGGAGCUUAUAGAAUUCAAUGAGCGACUACACCGUGCUUUGAUGGCUAAAGAAGCUCUUGUAUCCCAAAUGAGGCAGGAACUCAUUGAUUUGAGAGGGCCAGUCCCUGGGGAUUUGAGUCAGACAUCUGAAGACCAGAGUUUGUCAGAUUUUGAAAUAUCAAAUCGUGCCCUUAUAAAUGUUUGGAUUCCCUCAGUCUUUCUACGAGGAAAAGCUGCUAAUGCAUUCCAUGUUUAUCAGGUAUAUAUCAGAAUAAAAGAUGAUGAAUGGAAUGUUUAUCGAAGAUAUGCAGAAUUCAGAACCUUGCAUCACAAGCUACAAAAUAAAUACCACCAAGUAAGGACCUUUAACUUCCCACCAAAAAAAGCCAUUGGAAACAAGGAUGCAAAGUUUGUAGAGGAACGACGCAAACAGCUACAAAAUUACUUACGGAAUGUUAUGAACAAAAUUAUUCAAACUGUGCCAGAAUUCACAGUUAGCCCCAAAAAAGAGACUCUUAUUCAACUGAUGCCCUUUUUUGUUGAUAUCCAACCUGUGGGAGAACCAGUAAGCAAAAGCAAUCGCUCAAGAGUGGCUACACGCUUUCCAAAGCUAUCUCGGCACCAUCAAAGGGAGCCACGGAACCUGGAGCCUCAAAGUGGUGAUCUCUGACCCUUUUUAUAAUUGUGAACAUCAGCACCAUGUACUUUAAACUGCCCUGUGAUUCUGACCUAUCCUAUACUGUUGAUUAUGGAAGGCCCUGGGGAGAAUACAGCUGCAUUGAGUUAAUUCCUGAAAGGAGACUCUCAAUACUAAAGUUAAUAAUUCUGAUUUAACAGGUCACUUUUGAAAGCAGGAAGCAUUUUCCCAAGGACAUAUGAGGGCUGUUCACAUGGGACUCAACAAAUUGUACACACUUCCUUUGUUUUGUAAAGCAUUCUCUUUUCUUCUAAACUUACUCUACUACGAGUCCCUUGUUUGUGCUGUAGUGUCUCUUACACUCAUACCAUCUAUUUCUGUUCCUGAGAUCUGUGUGCAUCAUUUUCAGAGAAUAUUAUUUUUUUCUUAGAAGUACAACUGUAAUUAUCACUAAUCAAUAUUUGUCAGAAAGUUGUACUUAAAAAACUUUCCUAACCCAUUGCCUUUUGGAAAUGGAAUGACUGUUGCUUUUUCAUUAUGAUACUCUGAUGCACUCAAGAGUAUUUUAUAAACGUUACAAAGUAAGUGAUGGGAGAAAAAACAGUAGAGAGGGCAAUAGCUUUUGUACGUUUCUAGUCAGAUAUUCCCAGAAGCUCUCACUUGUAAAGAGUAAUUCUACCAAAAUGGAGAUUCUAAUUAUUUUCUAUUGAAAUUUUUGUUUUUGCUGCAAGGCAAGGUGCAGUACAAGUCAGCUCAAGGAGUUUAGCAAAAAAGGAAACACAAAGUUAACAUGUUACAGAAUAGAGUAUUCCAGCAUUUAGCUUUGUUCUGUUAUUGAUUUCUUGCUGAUGUUAUUAUAAAAACAGUCUCUCAGCAUUAAAGAAAGGGGACAUUUGGGCAUUCUUAUAACUACUUUGUAAGACACAUGAAAUGCUGUUGCUAAGGAUUGCCUAAGUUGAAAGUGCCUGUCACCUUUUUACUGGAAAGUGACUUGUAAUGAUGAUGUGAGAACAGCUAAAGAAAACUGGGAGAAUAAUUGUUACAAGUGCUGGAAAUUCUGAAAUGGAUCAACUGGAAUCUAGUUCACAAUAUCUGUUAGCUAUACUGCCAUAGGCAGUACACUAUGCUUUAGCCAUCUUUUUUCCCCCUGUAUUGAGCCUUAACCAAUAUUCAUUCAUGUUUACUAAAGAAUAUAUUCUGGUUUACCUGUGCCCCAGAACAACUCUCUUCUCACAAGUUGUUUGGAUAAUCUGUGUUCCCAUAGGUUGGUGUAUUGUCCGUCUAUACCGAAAGAAGGACAGGAGACACUUGAUAUGGUUUUAAUCAGACCGCAACUAUAUUAUUAGAUGUCUGUGACUACCCAGCAGAUGAAAGUGUACCAUGUACCCCUCUUCAACUCCUUCACCCUUCCGGUCCCAUGAGAUGAGUCAGUGUCGCCACGCUCACCCCUCCCCAUUUUGCAGCAGCUUCUGACCUCUCUCCCUCACCCUUAAAGCACUGUUUCCUUUUCCUCAGCAAGCCGGAAAAUGGUCCCCCGCAUAAAGGUGCAGUGUGGUUCAUUUUUGUUAUUGCACUCAGUUUAUUAUGUUAAAACCUGACAGUAGUUAAAGAAACCCAAGGGUUGUUUGUUUGUUUUUUUUCAGAAAAAGAAUCCACAUAUUAUUAAUGCACUUUCUUGAAUGUAGAGCUAUUUUAAAAAGUCUAAUGAACUGAGACCCAUAUUCUUCAAGCCUUUGUCCCAUUUUGUGGCACUUAUUCACGAGUAGCCCUAGUGACUUCAGUCGGACUACUCACAUUAAUAAGGAUUGCUCAAAGUGAAUAAUUGUUGCAGAACUGGCUUCUGAGUGUGAAGAACGAGUCCUGUAAUCCUAACAUAGCACUGAGUGAUGAGAAAAGGCAACCAGCAGCAACCAGGUAUUAACACGCAAGAGCCCAAAAGAAAAAUCAUGUCCCAGAUAUGAAAUAGUGCUCUGUUACUUGCAAUCUUAUCUGCUACUGCAGUAUCUUCUGCACAUCUAUAAGAGAACUCCUUUACAAACAAAUCCCAAUGAGCAGCUUACCAGAAAAGCUAGAUGUCUUGAUUGCAUCAGAAAAUGAGUUAAUAUUGGUGUUUGAAUCCAGUAGGGUGAGUUGUUUCUUUAAAAAUAAAAAAUAAUAAAAUCUGUAAGCAGACUGCAGCUAAAGCCUUUCCGAACCAAUUAAUUUGAUGCAUAACUUAUAUUUUGAAGUUUGUCUUUGUUGAAAAAUUCAUAGAUUGAAUGUGAGUUCGACUUCGAAAGACUUAAGAAUUCAUAUCUUUAAAAGGUCUAAGGACUUUACAAGAUUGACAGCAGUGUAAUCUGUAAUUCAUGUGCCAAAUUUUGCCUACUAAUAUUGAAUUACAGAUUGAACUGAAAGCCUACCUUGCAUAAAUUCCUUUGAGGAGAAUUGGAUUUAGAUGUGUUUACCACAUGAAUCUUUUUUUAUCUUCAGAAAAUAUCUCACAAUGUACAGCUUUUCCCCCGGUCUUUGAAAGGCUGCAAAUGGUAAGGAAACUAAUUUAGCAGAUACACAUAUGCUAAACAUAGAAUGACGUGUACUAUCCAUAUUUUUAAAACUGUCCUUAUUGGCUCUUUAAAUUAUAUCUUUCUCUUCUCCAGAUUAAUUUUCCGUACCUAAUUUUAGUAUAUGAAUAAAUAUGCAAAAAUACUGGACUCAUUUACAGUGUACAAGUUGUUCUCUGCUAAUUUUAGCAUAAAAUUACUCCUGGCGGAAUUUUGCGCCACUGCGCAUAUGCAGAAUUCAUGUCCCUGCAGAUUUCUUUGCUUCCCCACAGAAAAAUGACUUUCUGACAGGGACGCAAAGGGAAACUGCAAGAGGAGUCAUGCACCACUCCCUAGCUGUGCAGGUACAUCAUUUCAGGCAUCUGGAACAGCCAGUGGAGAGGUAAAUCACUGCAGAGCUGGGGACACCCCAGACAGUGGCUCCUACCCUGAGCUGGGUUCAGCUGCUAGUCCCAGCUGGGCUGGAGGCAGGAGAGGACGGGACUUUCUCUUCCCCUGAAAGGAGUGGCUGGGGCUGUGUCAGACCCACACCCAGAACCCCACACACACAUACCCUGCAACUGCAGGAACCUCAGCAUCAUCCCCUGCUUCCAGGCACUCAUCGCUCCACAGCUGCGGGGGGAGAGGUCACUGUAUGGGGAGCUGCUUCCCCAUCCACCUAACCUCCGUGCAUCUGGACCUCCCAUAUCUUCCCCUUACACCAGAACCCCCCUAGCCCUCCAUACCUGAACUCCACCCCACUGAUCCUCAACCCCUGCAUCUGUAUUCCCCCUGCACCCAGACGCCCUGCCUCCAGACUCCCAUCCCUGCACCCAGACCACCUACCACUGACCUCCCUGCACUCAACACCCCCCAGAAGCCCCACCCCCUGAGCCUCCACAUCCAGACCUCCACGCCAUUGACCCCCAAUUAGCUGCACCCAGACUCCCAUCCCACCAAGCCCCACUCCCCCAGCACCCAGACCCCCACAGCUGAGAGCCCCACACUCAGACCCCUCUGCUGAGUCCCAAUCACUUUCACUUGGAAGCCCCUGCAGAGUCCCACACCUAGACCCCCCACUGAGCUGCCUGUACCCAGAUUGUCCCACACCUGGAUCCCCCCCACUGAGCCCCUCCACAUUGGACAAAUAAAACUUGCAGAAUUUUAAAAUAUUGUGCACAGCAUUUUUAAUUUUUUGGAGCAGAAUUUUUAAUUCUUUGGCGCAGAAUGCCCUCACGAGUAAAUAAAAUGUAUAUAUGAUACUAAGAUUAGGUACUUCAGAGAACCUUCACUUUGUGAGCUUGUGUUAUGUACUGCAGUUAUUAAUCCACUUAAAAACUCUUCUGUUGUCUCUUUAAGAAAAUAGUUCAGUGGAAUCUCCUCUUCAGAAUUAACACAUUAUAAAAGGUUACUGAGUAGCUGAGCCUGCAAUCUCAGUAGAAACAUUCAAUAACAGAUUAUACAAUAUGAGCCAGAUCCUGCUUGCUUUACUCACAUGAUUAAGAUUAAUAGAAUUUAGUGUUCUAAGGAUUCUGGCCAAGAUUUUUCAGAAGUGUAUUCUGGAUGCCCUAAUUUUUGGCACCUGAGCCAAAUGGUGCCUAGUUAGUUAGUCAGUUAAUGCUAAGAACCCAUCCUCUGACGAUCAGGCCCUUUACAAUGUUUGGGCACUGAAAAUCAUGACCAUCUAGUUUAAACAAUCUCGUAGGGUUAUACCAUGUAUGCAUAUAAAAUAUUGUAAUCAUAACAAUGGUUCUAUUAAGUGUAUAGGAAUACUUUCAGUUUCUCCCAUGUAUCAUUUAAUUAAAUGCAUACAGUUCUGAUUAUUAAACACUGCUUUUGCAAAUCUCACCCAGAUUGGUAGUGACUGAAAGCUGUGACUUUCUGAUAGCUGAUCAGUGGCCUAUGCAAAAUGAGUUGGUGGGCUCAAUCCAGUUCUUGGUAGAUAAGCAUGUACAUCACUGAACACCGAUCAUUUGUGGUGAUCUGAGCAGUUAGGUUAACAAUCAAAUAGUCCUCUGUUUUCUAGAGUUGCCUUUCAAGUUUAGGCUUCUAGCACAGUGUCAGGACAGAACAGAGAAACUUGCAGUGUUACCUCCUAUUCAGUACCUGUUCUGUAUAUUAGGGCAGUAUGAAAUCUACAUUAACAAGAACAUAGAUAGAAUCAUGGAAUGAAAACAAAAACAUGGAAUCCAGUACUAUACAAAAAAAUAAAGUUGUCUCCUUGCUGUGGCCCCGGGGCCAGAGGAGCUCUGUGUUCCCACCACGACCCCAUGGCUGGAGGAGAUUUAAUUAAUUUUUUUAAUGGAAAAAAAAGAAAUCAGAAAAUAAUAAAUCUGAAAAUCCACAAUAAUAAAAUGGAUUUCAUAGGGCCCUUUGUGUAUAUACAGUUUAAAUCUUCAGGGUCUUAAUCUGGAAUCUUUUGUGAAUGCUUAAAAGAAAUUGUAGAAAAUAUUUUUAAUGCUGUUUUUCUAUUACAUUCAAAAUAAAUAACUUUCUAAGAAA